AUGUCGGGCAACGACGACAAAAAGUUUGUGGACGUACAUGAUACGCCUCAACUUAGUGACAGCGACAAUGUUGAUGAGAAGAAGGGUACUGCGGCCGAUAGGCUGGACAUGUACCGCAUGGGCAAGACCCAAGAUCUGACGAGAAACUUUCGCUUCUUGUCCAUCUUUGGCUUUUCCAUGAUUCUCAUGGCAUCAUGGGAAUACUCUCUCAGUGUCUCAACGAUUGGUCUCGUCAACGGUGGUACAGCCGGUCUAAUCUGGAUGUUCUUCAUCUGUUGGAUCGGCUUCAUCUUCGUCAACAUCUCAAUGGCAGAGAUGGCCUCCAUGGCCCCUACGAUCGGAGGUCAAUACCACUGGGUAUCUGAAUUCGCACCGCCAGAAUACCAAAAGCCCAUCAGCUACCUCAUGGGCUGGAUGUGUGUUCUAGGCUGGCAAGGUGCCUGUGCUGGAUCCUCUUUCAUCGGCGGUACACAAAUCCAGGGUCUUAUUGUUAUGAAUAACCCAAGCUACGAACCAAAGGGAUGGCACGGUACUCUUCUAACAAUCGCCAUUGCUGGAAUGUCGGUACUGUUCAAUACCUUCCUCGCCAGAAAGCUUCCUUUGGUCGAGGCUUGUAUCCUGGUCGUGCACGUUUUUGCCUUCUUCGGUGUGCUGGUCACGCUGUGGGUUCUCUCGCCUCAUGCUGAUGCCAAAGAUGUCUUCACACAGUUCAGCGACCGCGGGGGCUGGGGAAGUCUUGGAGGUUCUGCCCUCGUGGGUAUUCUCGCUGGUGUACUUCCUCUUCUUGGCGCUGAUGCCGCUGUGCACAUGUCGGAAGAAGUCCGCGACGCGGGACGCACCAUUCCCCGCACCAUGAUCGCGACCACUGUCUUCAACGGUCUUUUUGGUUGGAUCAUGGUAAUCACGUACUGCUUCUGCAUCGGUGAUCUGGAGCAGGUCAUCUCCUCGCCGACCGGACAGCCUUUCAUGCAGGUCUUUCUCAACUCGACAAAGUCAGCUAGCAGCGCUACCGCUAUGUCGUUCUGGAUUGUUGCCAUGACUGUCUUUUCGAACUUGACUAUGGUUGCUACAGCCUCGCGACAGCUUUAUGCUUUUGCGAGAGACCAUGCUGUCCCUUUCGAUACGUGGUUCUCUAGAGUUCCAGCAGGAUGGGACGUCCCUGUCAACGCUAUCAUCACAACCUUUUUCGUCUCGGGUGUCUUGGCGCUCAUCAACAUUGGAUCGCCUGUCGCAUUGAACUCAAUUACCUCUCUCGGUACAACUGGACUUCUCUCCAGCUGUAUGGUCUCAAUUGGUUGUAUGAUCUGGCGAAGAUGCACGAAGCGUGAGCUUCUUCCCGCCAAGCUCAGCCUCGGUCGAUGGGGUCUACCCAUCAACAUUGCUUCUGAAGCAUUUCUCGUUGUUAUCUUCGUGCUGGCAUUCAUGCCUGGUAAUCCCAACCCUUCACCUGCUGAGAUGAACUGGAGUAUUGUCAUGUUUUUGGCCUUGAUCUUGUUUAGUUUUGUUUACUACUUUUUGUACGGAAGGCACCGAUAUGAGGGGCCUGUGGCUUACGUCCGCAAGCUAGAGCAGUGA